AUGCGGCGGCCGCUGCCCUCGGGGCCCACGGCAGCCCACAGGCGUGAAGGCGACGCGCGAGGCCCGAGGAAGCGAGGCCGGCGGCCAGGGCCAGGCGAAGCGGGAGGCUGCGGCCCUGAGGUCUGGGAACGCGAGGAGAGCAGGCAAAAGAGGAGAAUGGUGGCCCGGGCGUCUGGGAGAGAAGAGGUGGAAAGUGACAAGUCGGGUGAGGCGUCCGGGACUGGGAAGGCUGCUGUGAGGCGGCUGAGAGGAGGGUCUGGGGGCCAGGGGAGCCCUUCGGACCCCUCGGAUCCUCAGGGAUUAGAAGCAGUGAAGGAGGCGGAGCUCCCCUUGCAUUUGGGAAGACAGCAAGAAACCAAGGAAAAAAGAAAAGUUACUGAAGCCUCAAGUGAUGAUCUACAGCCAGGGACUGACCUGGUAAGAAAGGAAUCAUUAACCAAUUUGGAAUCUUUCCAAACAGUGGAGUGCAGUGAAUUUCAAAGUAUGGCUUUCUUGUGGUCUUUGGGUAAGGAGGGUUUGGUAGAAGGUAUCAAAAGAAGAAUUCGAAUUAAAAAACUUAAGGGCUUAGAAAGCCCUUAAAAAAGCCCUCUCAAAAUAACUGAAAAUAAGACUACACAAAAUAUUAAGGUUGAAUUCCAAGAUGAACUGUACAAGAAUACUCCAAAAUAUUCUUGUAACAGCUUGUCACCUGUAGUAGAAAGUAAUUCCAUUUUAAAAUUACAUGAUUGCAGUUGUUUCCCCCAUUCCAAGGGUUGUAAUGAUGAAAAUAGCCUUUCAUAUAAACAUGAUGGUGGACGUAUGCAUGUACCAGAAAAUUCCUGAAAGUUAAAGAAAGAAAACUUUAGGAGUCUUGCAGAUAAGAGUGACACAAAUAAUGCUCCUCAGCUUUAACAAACUGAAGAAAACUUAAUGGGAGUAAAUAAGUUAUUGCUUGAAAAAACUGAUUUAUACCAAAGUAAAAGUAAUGGCUUGUUUUCCUGCCUUCAGAAUGAAAACAAUAAAUACUCAAUAGAGGAGAGCAAUGUUGGGAGAAAACCCAGGAAAAGGAUGAAGGUGUCUGAAAAAGGAGAUGAAAUGAUUAUUGAGAUGAACUUCUCUAAUAUGUAUAGCAAGUCUGAGUUGGUAUUACAAGAAAACCAAACAGGUGCUGAGGAUAAAGGAGCAGAGACUUUAGAGGCUAAAAAAAGUCCUUUAAAAGUUUUGAGAAACAUAAACCACAAUACACUCUCCCCAGUGGAUCAUUUAUUAAGUCUUCCAGAAACAGCAGGGGAAAAAACAAGUCCUGGACAUCAUGUAAAUGCUAUGUUUCAGAAAACCCUUGAGCCACUUUUGGAAGAAGAAAUAAAAAAUGCUUCAGAGCACUUAGGAUUUAAAAGCAUGGAGCCAGAAGAGUAUAUUAAGUUGAUGCAAAGCUCGAUAGUGAAAUUACCUAGUGCUUGCCGUAAUUUGGAAAAGAGAUCUUCAUGGGAAGACUUGAGAAAUGAAGCUGAAGAAUUGAAGUUAGGCUGUCACAGAGCAAUACCGAUGACUGGUAAAAGAACUUGGCCUUGUUAUUCCUGUGCUAGAAUAUCUGCCCAGUGUUGGAAAAAGUCUUCCUUGCCAGAUUCAAGUAACUGUCUUCCUGGGUCUCGGGAAAGUUUUAAGCAAGAUGAUUUUCUUAAACACCAAACAAAUCAAACUCACUUAACUGAUUCUAAAUUAGCAUUACAAAGUACCAUAACAGAAACAAACAGUGAAUCUUCAAGUAAAGAAAAAUUGGAUUCUAAUUUAAAUUGUUCGUCUUCAGUUUCCACAAUAGAACCUACUUUAAUGAUUAUAAAGGAACCCAUAAUUGAUGAUAAAAUGAUACAGUCAGAGGAACCAAGCAGAAGUGGUUCAGAGGUAGUUUGUAAUACUACUGAAGAUACUCAGCUAACUAAUGUGCCUCAAAACUUAACAGGAAAUAAAAAAAAAGAUAGAGGGAAUUUAACAAAAUUUAAUUUGACAGUGGCUUCCCAGGAUGUCCAGGAAGCAAAUAACUCUAUAGGCAAAACUAUUCAUCGAAAAGCAUGCAUUGCUAAGCAAACCCUUGUGGUUCCAGACUUGGUGAAAAUACUGAACACAGGCCGGCUGACUAAUUUUAAAAUUCCAUUACUUAAGAAUAAAACAGAAAAAAGGAAAGAAAUAAAUGCAAGGUCAUCAGAGAGAGAAGCAUAUAGUCCCUUAGAACUUCUUGACAGUUUAUCUGGAGCCGAGGUAAGACAAAAUAGGAAUAAAGAAAAUAUUUCUACAGUAACUUCAGGACCUCAGUCUUUGAGAAUACAAAAUAGUGUAACUCCAGUGCAAGCUAAUUCUGACUCAUGCAGCUGCAAGCAUUCCUGUAGUAUUUCUUCAAAUUUUUUAAAGCAAGGUAAUGGUAAUAAACCAUCCAACCACAUCUCUGAACCAGGCAAUAUUAUUUCAAACAAGGAAGCUGUUUCUCUCACAGUUGAAAGAAAUACUUUUUCUUGUGAUCUUGGGUGUAUAGAGAAAAGUCCUGCUUUCUGCUCUAAUGAACAAGAAACAUUCAAACCAGUUUUCUCUGAAGUUAGUGGUGGAGAAAUGACUAAGAACUUUUCAGAAAUUAAAAUGGGGUUUCCAGAUAUUCUUAAAGCAUAUGAAGAUGAUGUCCUCUUAAUUGAUGUCAUUCAAGAUGACCCAGACCUCUUUGGGGUCUCCAGUGAAGGGGAGCUCUCAUUUACUUCAGAGUUCCCUAUGAUAAACCAGGAACCCAAUGUUGCUGAAGAGCACCAGUCAACAGACUCUAAGCACAUGGUACUUCCAGAAAAAAAAGAACCAAGCGAUGACUUGAGAAAACUUCCUAUACUGGAUCCUGGAUUGAUGAAGUCAGAGAUCUGUGCUUCCUUAUCAGCAGCAAAUGAAAUUAAACAUGAUUCCAAAGGUGGAAACAUUUCCUUAGAGGAAGUUACUAAUGAGACCUGUGAAAGUGAAAAGCUGGGAGACUUCAUUGAACACGUAAAAAGUUCAGACUUGGAUGAAAAGGUACUAGGGAAUUUAUGUUUUGUUUUUUCCUGGUCUAAAUCAUGGUUUAGUGUUAAGGAAACUCCACUCAGACCUCUGCGUCAGAGGGAAGCCUGCGUUUGUAUGGAUGUGUUUAAGAAAUAUAUAAGUAUCAACGAACUGUGUUUGCUACAACGUGCAGUAAACACAUUUAUGGAUUACUACCGAAAAUUUCCACCGGGUAUACACUUUGAUUUACAAGUGCUAAAUGACCUUCUAAAUUCUUUACUCAAACAUUGUUUAUUGAAAGAAGUAUUUCAGGUAGUGAACCUCAGCAUAAUGGUUAAAAUGCUGCCUGCUCUGAAAAUAUUACUAAAAAUAUUUGAACACGUGGCAACUAUGAAAUUAAGGAAUGCUAUACCUGCUUUAAUUGAUAUAUUUUGCAAGUUUGUUGAAGCUGGGAUGAUACUUGAUGCAGAACACUUUAACUAUAUUGUCAAGCUCUUAUACCAACUACAGGCUUCCCAACAAGAAAUAACUGCAGUUCUGGAAAUGAAAUCCAGGUUGCGGAUGAGGCAAUUUAAAAAGAACUGGAAAUGUGAUUUAGAUUCAGCCUUGAAUGAAAUAGAGCAUUGUAAAGAAAAAGGUGACUGGACCAAACUGGGAAAUUUAUACAUUAACAUAAAAAUGGGCUGUGAAAACUUUGCAGAUUUCCAGAGAUUUUGUGCUUGUAUUGCUGAAACAUUAACAAAAGACUGUAAAGAAGAGAGACCAGGUGUUCCAUUUUGUGAAUUUGCUGAAACAGUUAGCAAAGAUCCACAAAAUAGUGAAGUAGAUAAAACUUUGCUGGGAAGAAUUGGAAUCAGUGCUAUGUACUACUAUCACAAGCUGUUGCAGUGGUCCAAGGGAAGGAAAGUCUUAGAUAAAUUAUAUGAAUUAAAAAUACAUUUCACAAGUUUAAAAGGACUUACAGGGCCUGAGAAGCUAGCACCAAGAUGUCAAAUUGUGAAUAUUGCAGCAGAAAUUUUUCUAAAAAGUGGAAGCCUAGAUGGUGCCAUUUGGGUAUUGAGGGAGUCAGAAUGGAUCAUCAAUACACCACUGUGGCCUUGUGAUAGACUGGAUGUACUCAAUCGACAUAAUCUGCUCUGUACAAUUGCACAUGAAAUCUUAGCCAAGAGCCUUUAUAGACAGACAUUUGAAGUUUUGCAAAAUCUACCAGGUUUUCAAAAUUCUCAAGAAACUGUGGAGGUCUCACAGUAUAGCCUUCUCUUUAAUAAACUUCUGGAUGCCUGUAUAGAAAGCAACAGUCUUGGUAUGUCAUCCUCUGUAGCAGAAUUCAUGAUUUCAAAGAACAUCCCUAUUGACUUCUCCUUUCUUAGAAGAUUAAUUACUUCUUUAGGAAGGAGUUGUUUAUGGCUCAAAGCCAGAGCCCACUACAAAAGUGCUCUUUCGUUGGGUUGCUACCCACCAUUGGAGGGAAAUUUAUACAGAAAACUUCUACUGAUUCCUUCCUAUUUAUCUGAGAUUGAAAUGCUUUUAGCUAUUGAAAUCUUCCUGGUAUCUAAUGCUAGUAGUAUUCAGAGUCCUGGAACUUCUACACAGAUACUGCAGAUAGUUUUGAAAAGAUGUGAAGAAAACAAAUCUCGGAGCAAGGAUGAAUAUCAAGCUGCAGUGGAAAGAUUAAUUAUGGCUGCUCGUAUAUCAGAUCCAAAGCUCUUCAUUAAGCACAUGACCGUCAAUGUUAAUAAGGAACAGGUUUAUAGUUUGGAACACUGUUCUGCCCUGAAAUGGUUGAAAGAGAAUAUGAAGUGGGCUGGAAAGGUCUGGCUUUUCAGUAACCAUUAGUUAAUAAAGGCUUUUUUUUUUUUUUUUUUUUUUUAAGUUCAAGUAAUCAUUGUUGAAAAUAAAAGGCAGUAAAAAUACAGUUUUCACUAUAUUCACCUUUUGCCCUUUAUUGGUUUAUAUAGU